GAGCCGAUCAGCGUGGGACGCGCCGCCUGCCAGGAGGAGUGUUCACGGCGCACAGUUGGUGCCAGUCAGAGGUGUCGAGUUAUGUGAAGGAGCCAAAGGGGGAUUUGCACUGUGCCAUGGCUGAUUUUUUUGUAUCCAGUAUCACGCAACAAGCUACUGAAGUACGGUGAAGGAGAAUGACCGCUCGUAGUCGCCCUGCGCGCAAAAACGCGUUCGUCCGUUUCGGUUCGGAAAAGUGCGCUCAAACGUGAGGACAAAACUGAGGACUUCUACUCGAGAAUAUGCUGGCGGGCAUCGACCUCAACAAACCGAGAGCUCAAAGCCACGCGUAAAGGAGGAAUGGGGUGCAAGGAUGCCUCAGCUUCGCUCCUUCAGACGCUCGUCCUGUCCCUGCUGUGCGCACAGUCGCUGGGACAGGUCUUCAACCUCACGCUGUCUGUUAAAGAGGGUCUUCCGGCCAGAACUAUCGUUGGAGAUCUGGGAGCGGGACUAAGCAGGCCGAGCACUGGGUUUUUCAUCUCAGAAAGCAGAGACUCGUAUGUUUUCAGAGACUUGGAAAUAGACGCGGACACGGGCAUCAUCUCCACAGCUGUAGUCCUGGACAGAGAGAGCAGGGAUAAGUAUGAAUUUGUGGCAGCCACUCUCACAGGUGAGAUGAUAAAAGUGACAAUAGAGGUGAAAGAUGUGAACGACCAUUCUCCCGUGUUCCCCUCCGAGCAGGUUGAGCUGGAAAUAUCAGAACUGAGCCCACCGGGGAGUCGGUUUCAGAUUGAAGGUGCUAAAGACCAGGAUGAGGGCGAGUUUGGUACUCAGGGAUACAGGAUCACAGAGAGUGAGAUGAGUGACUUAUUCCACCUGGAUUAUCGCAGUGGACCUGAGAACCACCUCAACCUGGAUCUAGUUCUUAACAGUAAGCUAGACAGAGAAGUGCAGGACUUGUACACGCUGACAAUCGAGGCCUUUGAUGGGGGGAUCCCAGCCAGGACUGGGACUCUUCGGGUGAACAUCCACAUCCUGGAUGAGAAUGACAACCCGCCUGUGUUCAACCAGACUGAAUAUCACACCUCAGUGCGUGAGGAUGCUCCAGUCAUGUCUGCUGUGUGUCAGGUGCAGGCCACUGACUAUGACCUGGGUGACAAUGGCAGACUCACGUAUGAGAUCAACAGGAGGCAGAGCGACCCAAAUGAGGUUUUCUCCAUCAAUGAAACCACCGGGGUGGUCUAUCUCAACAAGCCGCUUGAUUUUGAGACUCAGGCUUUUCAUGAGUUGAUCAUCAGCGCGAGAGACAACGGGGUUCAGCCUGAGUACAGCAGCACUUUCGUGGGUGUCAGAGUGCUUAACAUCAACGAUAACAGCCCCACCAUCAGUGUACUGUUUCUCAGUGACACAGGAGAUGCUGUGGUGUCGGAAUCAGCAGCAGUCGGGGACUACGUAGCCCGGAUUUCAGUGUCGGACCCCGACCUCGAGGGGGAGAGAAUCACUGUCACGCUCGAGGGAGGUGAUGGGAAGUUCACCCUGAAGCAGACAGAUGACUUUCUGUAUGCACUGUGUGUUAACUCUGAGCUGGACAGGGAGGAGAAGGAUUUGUAUGAGCUGAAGGUGCAGGCAUCAGAUUUUGGCAACCCUCCCCUGAGCAGUGAGACGGUCUUCCUCCUGAAGGUGUCGGACAUGAAUGACUGUUACCCAGUCUUUGAGAAGGAUGCUUAUCUCAUAAGUAUUUCAGAAGAUGCUCCUCAGGGGAGUUCCCUCAUCCAGUUUCAGGCUCGAGACGCAGAUGAGGGUGCAAACUCAGAGGUCCGAUACUCCAUUCUGAAGUCCAACCAGGACAGCCUGAUCGACAUCGACCAGUCAGGCCUGGUCGCCACAGCUGCAGCUCUGGACAGAGAGACGCAGAUGGAGAUAUGGUUCCUGGUGGUGGCAGUGGAUGGAGGAGAACCGGCUCUGUCAUCCACAGCGACAGUCACGGUGCUCGUGGAAGACGUCAAUGACAACGAGCCAGUGUUCGAGCAGCAGCUGUACAAUGUGUCCAUACUAGAGCAGAGCGAUGUUGGAAGCUGCUUUUUACAAGUCGUCGCUACAGAUGCAGACAGCCCUGAGUUUGGGACGCUGCUCUACUCUCUGACUGAUGGCUUCGACAAACAGGCCACACAUCCGCUCUUCCAAAUAAACCCCCACACCGGAGAGCUGUGCGUCUCCCAGGAUAUUGAUCGAGAUACGGGACAGACGGUCCACGACAUCCUGAUCAAGGCUGAGGAUCCAGGAGGCUUGAGUGCUCAAACCUAUGUGCACAUUGAGAUCGAGGACUUGAAUGACAACGCUCCAGUGUUCAGCCCUGAGGAGUACACCGUGAGCAUCAGCAGCCACGCGCAGCCUGGCACAGAGAUCGUCAGCGUUAUUGCCACUGACAGAGAUUCUGGCAGGUUUGGCCAGGUUACCUACGACCUCCUUCCUGGCGACAUGUCCACUUUGUUUUCGCUGGAUAAACAAACAGGAAUGCUUCUCCUGACCUCCACUCUGACCCACCUGGGCACAGCUAAUGUAAAGCUCUUGAUAACAGCACAGGACGGAGGAGGCUCGAUCUCAGCCAGACCUGCAGAGGUCACGAUCAAUGUUUUACGCAGUGCUCAGGCUCCAGCUGUGUUCCAGAGGUCACGUUACGCUUUCACAGUGCCUGAGGACGCGCCACCGGGGACACCUGUGGGGACGGUGCAGGCCAUCAACCCAACAGACUCCAUGGAAUCUGUAUCUUAUCGAAUCUCUUCUGGAGACCCUCAGAGUUUGUUCUCCGUUCAUCCAAAGUUGGGUCUGAUCACUAACCUCAAGCCCCUGGAUCACGAGUCUCAGCCGUACGCUCUUCUGGUUCUUCAGUCCUACACCGACGCCUCUCCCGUUUACAGCACCACCCAAGUCAACAUCACUGUAGCUGACGUUAAUGACAACGCCCCCAUUUUCCCCAAACAUAGUGACACCAUCACGGUGUCACAAAACACUCGACCGGGAACCGUGUUGUUCAUCGCUCACGCGCAUGACUAUGACAGUGGUGCCAAUGGUCGGGUGCAGUAUUACCUGAAGAGCAGGGAAAAUGGCGUGUUUGUUAUUGAUCACAAUCUCGGGACGGUUACGCUAAAUGAGAGUUUAGAGAUGGAUCAUCAGCAGGGAUACAAGCUGGAGAUUGUGGCCAAAGAUGAAGGAGAACCUUCCCUGAGCUCCACCCUGACCCUCUCAGUAAACGUAGACCAAACGACUGCCGAAGACAGCCUGGCAUUUGAGACGUUGAUCUAUCACGUGGAGAUUGGGGAGGGCUACAGGAAAGAUGCUCGGGUCAUCCAAGCGAGGGCUCACCGAACCCGUGGAGCCCACAUUUCAAACUCCGGCAUCAUCUACUCUUUGGAAGGAGAACCUGGCUUCCCUCUGGUUCCGUUUCGGAUUCACCCAAAGACGGGAUGGUUGUAUCUCUCAGCCAACCUGGACUAUGAGACAGAGUCCAAGUAUCAUUUUCGAGUGUUGGCUACGGAGGCUUCACUGUCAAAUACCACAGCUAUGGCCACAGUGACGGUGCUGGUGCUGGAUAUCAAUGACAACGCCCCGGUGUUCAGCAGGGACGUUUACUACUUCACUGUGUUGGAGGGGUCGUCGCCACAAGGUCUGGUGGGAACCGUCAAGGCCGUGGAUAAGGAUUCUGGGAAAAACAGCCAGUUGUCCUAUCUCCUGCUCUCAGAUGGGAAAUUCUUCCGAAUCAAUGCUAAAACAGGUGAAAUCAUCAACUGGGUGGCACUGGACCGGGAACAGUACAGCCAGCACAGUCUGAAGGUGAUGGUGACAGAUCAGGGUCACCCUCGUCUCAAUGCCACCGCCACCGUUCACAUCCUGAUCGCCGACAUCAAUGACAACGCGCCGCAGUUCACUUACCUGCCAGCCAGUAAAGAGCUGAAUGUGCAGAUAUGGGCUGGUCUACAGUCAGGAUCCUUGGUCACGAACAUGUUUGCCAAAGACUUGGACGCAGGAGAGAAUGGAACAGUUAUUCAUUCACUGGUCACAGAUGAUGAUCUGGAGCACUUUGAGAUUGACAGCAAAACUGGAGAUAUCACAACAACAGAGCUCUUCAACCAAGAUGCAAAAGCGUACUACACUCUGAAAGUGACCGCCAGGGACAGCGGAGUCAUCUCUCAGGAGGACACUGCAGUCAUUCAUGUACAGAUUCAUGGAUUAGAAGAUCUGUACGGCCGCUCCGAUCGCCAAAUUGUGAGACGCAUUUUGGUGCGGGAGGACACGGAGCCUGCGACUGUUAUUGGCUCUGCACGUGUUUCAGAUAAAGGGAGAUUUCACUACUCCAUCACUGAGGGGGACGGGAGUGUUCACUUUGGGAUCGACAGCUCCUUCGGUGACAUAUACAUCAACCAGCCGCUGGAUUACGAGGCUGCCAUGCAGUACUUCCUCGUGGUUCGUGCUGAGGACGCCAGCCUCAUUCCCAUCAUGAAUGUGUCUGUUCUGAUUUGUGUGAUAGUGGAGGAUGUGAACGACCACACGCCCUGGUUCCCUGAUAAACUGGUGAUGUUUGGUCUGAGGGAGGACGCUGCAGUCGGAUCGCUGGCGUACGCUUUUCAUGCCAGAGACGCUGACGGGACCUAUCCAAACAGUGCCCUCCGCUAUGAGCUCGCCUUUGACGCUGAAGUCAGCGGGUCAUCAUCACCCUUCCCCUUUCGGAUUGACCCUUACACGGGGAGCCUGACUGUAGCAGCACCUUUAGAUCGCGAGAGCACCCCCAGCUUCGCAUUCACUGUAACAGCCACAGAUCAGGCGAAGGAGACGAAUGAGCGUAAACAGGCUUCGAUGACGGCUCAGCUCUUCCUGCUGGACAUGAACGAUAACCGGCCGGUGUUCGUAUCGGCAGACACAGCUCAGGUGAUGGAGGACGCAGAGGUGGGGAGUCUGCUGCAUCAUUUUGUGGCCAUAGAUGGAGAUCAAGGUGAAAAUGGGAUCGUUUCCUUCUCUAUUAUUUCUGGAAACAAGAAAGGCUUGUUCACACUGGAGGAGAAGACAGGCCUCUUGCUUCUCACUGCCCCGUUGGAUUAUGAGACAGAACGUUUCCACCGUCUGACCGUCCGUGCGCUGGACCAAGGCCUGCCCUCACUCUCCUCCACCCAGACUCUGACAGUGGAGGUCGGGGAUGUGAAUGACCAGGCGCCUGUGUUUAGUCAAACCAUUUACACCGCCACUGUGGCAGAGAACAGAGACCCUGGAGAACCAGUGAUCAGGGUCUCUGCCACUGAUGAGGAUUCAGAGGAGAACGCUGUGGUGUGGUACAGUCUGCUGCCGGGUCCCGGCUAUGAGCUCUUCAGCAUCAACCCGUACACCGGCCUGAUUACCACCACCUCCUACCUGGACAGAGAGCAGCAGCAGCAUUUUACUCUCAGAGUCCAGGCUCGUGACAGCAGCGCUCGGCCACUUUCGAGCACGACGACGGUGAUGUGCUCUGUGCUGGAUGACAACGACAACCCCCCAGAGUUCAUGCAGUCAUCCUUCCGCAUCAGCAUCCCGGAAAACCUUCCUCCUGGGGUCAUCCACACCGCCCAGGCCUCUGACCCAGAUCAUGGAGAAAAUGGCACCAUUCACUACUCCAUAGUUGGUGAGGACUACAGAGGUCGGUUCACCAUCAACAGUCACACCGGAGCCAUUAGCACCACACAGGUCCUUGACCGGGAGGAAAUGCAGAAUUACACACUCACCAUCCAGGCCCGUGACUAUGGCCCCACCCCACUCAGCUCCUUCACCCAGCUCCAUCUGGUGCUGCUGGACCAGAACGAUAACAUCCCUUCCUUUACCCGCAAGAGCUAUCAUGCCUCUAUCAGCGAGGGCCUCCCCGCAGGAGCUGAAGUCCUGCGUGUAAGUGCGUCGGAUCCUGACGAAGGGUCUAACGGGGAAGUGACCUACUCCCUGACAGAUGAUAACAGCCAAGGGGCCUUUUUAAUCGACGCCUUCACGGGAGCGAUCCGCACCACCAGGUCUCUGGACCGAGAGAGCAGAGCUCAGUACAGCCUCAGAGCUGUCGCUACCGAUGGGUGCACUCAGGGACCACUGAGCUCUUUGGCGUCGGUCACCAUACAGGUGGAGGACGUGAACGACAACAUGCCGGUCUGUGAGCAGACUCCCUUCAACGCGUGGGUUUCCAUGAGGACGCUGCCGAACCAGAUAGUUACCACAGUGACAGCAGCAGAUGGGGAUCAGGGUGAGAAUGGGACGAUACAUUAUGCGUUAUCAGACGAGGAGAAUCUGUUUGACAUCAACACAGAGACUGGAGAGAUUUCGCUGAGAAGACGAGUGAGAGCGGGUUUCUCUGGGAGGAAGCUGCAAGUUGUCGUUUCAGACAGAGGACAUCCUGCUCUGACCUCUACCUGCCUGGUUUUUAUCCAUCUGAAGGGAGAACACGAAGGACUGCAGUUCACAAGCAAAGUCUACAACGCCAGUGUCAAGGAGAACAGCAGAGCUGGCACUUGGAUUGCAAAGGUGGAGGCCAACGACCAAAGCAGCAGCAGACAAAGAAUAACAUACACCAUAUUUAGCGGCAACGAGAACCAGGUUUUCUCCAUUAACCGUCACACUGGUGAAAUCCGAGUGCAGAAGGAUUACUCUCUGGACUUUGAGGUGAACCCCCACAUCCAGCUGGUGGUGUUGGCUGACAGUGGGCUGCAGACAGCUCACUGCAGGGUCUCCAUCACUCUGGUGGACAUCAAUGACAACGCACCACAGUUUGAACACAGCACCUACAGGACAGCUGUCUGGGAGGGCCAAGUGCACAAUACCUACAUUAUGCAGGUGUUUGCCUCCGAUGCUGACAGCGGCAUGAACGGCCAGAUUGAAUACUCCAUUCUCUCUGGUAACCUUAAUGGAGCUUUCAUUUUGGACUCUGUACGAGGAAUCCUUGCGACCAAUGUUUUACUGGACCGCGAGAUCACUCCAUCAUACAAGCUGGUUCUACAGGCAGCAGACAGGGGGAAUCCUCCACUGAGCAGCACCGCCACCGUUAGGGUCCAAGUGGUAGAUGUCAACGACAACAGCCCUGCCAUUCCCCCCAUGGAUCCUGUACUUAUAACUGAGAAUCUGCCAGCAGGAUACAUGGUGACCCAAGUGACUGCAAAUGACGUUGACCUGAGCUCGACUAUCACCUACAGCUUCUCAGACAACAGCAGCACCAAUAUUCCCUUUGCUAUCGACCGGUAUACUGGCGUCAUUACCCUGACUCGAGCCCUGGACUAUGAGGAGCAGACAGAGUACACUCUGACGGUCUGGGCAUCUGACUCAAUUCACCAGACCAAUGGAGAGGUUAAAGUUCAAGUGCUCGAUGUCAAUGACAACGCUCCAGUGUUCACCCAGGACUCCUACCAGGUGGAGUUAUCAGAGCUGGUCUCAGCAGACACGUUUGUCGUGUCCGUGUCAGCUACCGACAGAGAUUCUGAACUCAAUGGCAAGAUCAACUACAGACUGCUUUCAUCUCCCCUGCAAGGCUUUUACAUCCAGCCAGAGGAUGGGUCUAUUUUUACUAACAAGCCCUUAAAGGCCAUCACAAACAGCAACCUGAUCCAUCUUCUAGUUGAAGCAAGAGAUGGAGGAGAUCCUGUGCACUCCACCGUUACCUCCAUAGACGUGCUGAUUUUGGACACCAAUGACCACGAACCUUCGUUUUACCAGGGCAUAUACACACUCACUGUCCCGGAGGACACGCCUAUAGACACUACCCUGCUGACUCUUUCUGCAGAGGACCAAGACUGGAGCCCUGAAAAUAGCUAUUUGGACUAUACCAUCACCGGGGGAAAUGAGGAGAAAAGAUUCUGUCUGGAAGUAAAAAUGGUUCAGAUUGAGAAUCAGAUUAAAAAUGUUGGAAAGCUUGUUCUUUGCAACGCUUUAGACCGUGAAACUACUGAGAGCUAUGCAUUAACAGUGAGCGUUUCUGAUCGAGGAAUGCCUCCACUGAACAGCUCUACCGUCGUCAUGGUGACUGUAACAGACUGCAAUGACAAUGUCCCUGUGUUUUCCAGCACAGAGUACCAUGCACAAGUAAGUGAAAACAGCCAGUUAGGUACCAAACUGGUCCAGGUCAGUGCCCACGAUCCCGACCUCGGAACCAAUGGCCUGGUGCGGUAUGAUAUAAUUUCUGGGAACAGUAAAGGUCACCUUAAGCUUGAUCCUCAGUCUGGCCUCUUAGUAGUCAACAACUCUCUCGACUAUGAAAAAGACUCGAAAUACAUCCUCACCAUCAGAGCAUCGGAUGGUGGCAAAUCAUCUGAAAACCAUAAAGUGGCAUUUACGAUUGUCUUCAUCGCGGUGUUGGAUGAGAAUGACAAUACCCCAUAUUUCAUGUUUCCUACAGUUAACUGUUCUGUGCUGGAGAACCUCCCUGCAUUUACCCAUGUAUGUUCUGUUCACGCUGUUGACAAUGACUUAGGCCCUUAUGGGCAGCUCACCUACUCUGUUAUGUCCUCCUGCUUCAUGAACUAUGGCAGCGGUAACCCAGAGAGGAAGGAGGCCUUUGCCAUCGAUCCCCUGACAGGCGACAUUCACACCAGACAAACCUUUGACUACGAACGAGAAAGCGAGUACUGUUUUAUAGUGGAAGCCAGAGAUAAAGGUGACAAAGCUGCUACAGUGAGAGUCCAAGUAAAUAUCAAGGGAGUGGAUGAAUUUAGUCCGGUCUUUACCCAGAAGCAGUAUCACUUUCUGUUGCCAGAAAACGUCAAGCCUGGUGAUACGGUCGGUUACGUGAUGGCAAUGGACCAUGAUGGAGGUGUGGACGGGGUGGUGGAGUACUCACUUGUGAAUUCAUCACCUUUUUUCUCCAUUAACAGAACAAUUGGGGCUAUCUUUGUUUCUGGUCCUGUGUAUCAUAGGGCAGGCAGCCAGGACAUGGUAGAACUGGUUGUUACUGCAGCUAGUCCCAGAUUAGGCUCCAGGACUACAACCUGCCUGGUUUUUGUCAAUGUCUCUAGUUCAGCUGAAGCACUAACUGGAGUCCCCCUGGAUACUCAUAUGCUCAGUUUGACUGUUUCAUUAAUCAUGUUUCUCUUUCUGCUUAUCCUUUUUGUGAGCUUGGUUCUCAGAUGUAAGCUCAAAGAUGCAGCCAUCAGAAAGGCUGCUGCCAUUGCUACACACUUGAGCCAUGGCACAAGCUCGCUCACGAGACAUAAUAACCAAACACAAAGUUCCAUGUCUUUGCAUGACAUUACACGCCCAAGCAUCAUGGUGACUAAAAUGGACAUCUCAAACCCAUAUAAUCCAUCAGACUCGAGCGGGCGAGGUUCAGCGGAAGGCGAGACAGCCGAGGACCAGGAGAUCAAGUGGAUCAACGAAUACCCCUGCCGUAAAAGAAACGAAUCUGCCCAGAAGUCCACAGAGAUCCCAGACUCUGCCUUACUAGGAGAUAAUAUCUCUUGCAGUUCCAUCGAUGUAGGACCAGAGCACAUCUUAUCAGUCAAUAAAUGUUUAGUCUCAGGGAUAGCCAGCACAGAAAGUCUCUACCACUUCAAAGAGGAAGGAGGAGGCGAGGGACUACUUCCUGGAAUACUCAGGAUGAGAGAUUUAAAGGAGAACAUGGGAAUAAAAGGGUUCGCCCCCCUUUCUGAAGCCCAGGCUUCUGCAGAUUCUCUCUCCUCACUGGUGUUUCUAGACGAGGAGUUGCAAGGUAGCUACUGCUGGGACUACCUUUUGGACUGGGAACCCCGUUUCCAGACUCUAGCCUCCGUAUUUACUGAUAUUGGGAUGCUCCCUGAUGAGGAACUUGAAGGUGGCCGUGAGGACUUAGCAGCAGAAUCGAGUUGUCUCAUGUACCCACCACCUCUUAUAACAGGGGUAGCACAGCAGGGCAUAAGGACCGUUCCUCCACGAAAGCCAGGGCGUGUGCCAAGCAUCGUCAGACGACCCUCUUACCGGAAAUAUGCUUAUUCCCCCUUAGCCAGGAACACUGGACUUACCCCUUCAGCUAUGACACCUAAUUUCUCCCCAUCACUGUCUUCGCUCACUAUAAGGACCCCCAGUGCCUCACCAGUGGUCUCAGACACUGGAGUUGGGGGGAUCAGACUUGAAUCAGGACCCCUCACUGCUAGCCUUUUAGAGGCAGAAAUACAGGUAUAGCCAAAAAUUUUAAGUGACAUCACGUUCAUUUACGAUUCACCUUUUGAAGAUUUUUUAGGAGACACUGCACAGUUUGGUUGUGAUUUUGCUGAUAUUCAGAUAUAUUCCUGAUAUCAUUUCCAUAAUAGUCUCAUUGUCCACUUGUAGGGUUUUAAGGGGUGAUACCGUAAUACAACACAAUAAUAUCCUAUUGAAGUUAUUGUAGUGGUUUGCAUUCCCGGGCGAAAUCGUAACUCACUUCAGUAAAAAUACUAAAUUAAUAUCUGGAAAACCCGGACUGAAACCUGUCUUGCAUUAUAUCCUUGUUAUGUACAUGUCUGAAAAAGAGCAGAUGUUCUAGUCAGCAAUUAAUUACCGAAUGUUUUAUUGUAAACAUGUAUAUGAGCAGAAAAUGAAACACUUUGUUAUUGCAGUUGGUUGCAGCUUCUAAAUGGAAACUUUUUCAUGGUUGAUUUAACUUUAAUAACCAAAGAAAGGCAAUAUUUUUCUGCGGUUAGCUAUGUUAGCUGCUUCCUGGAAUAAUAAAAAAUGGUAUUUUGAAUCCAGGCCUUUUUGCCUCCCCUUUUCAUAUAAUCUCUCAAUAAAUCCCAGUGAGAAACAGAAUACAUUUUAUUCCUUCAAUUUAAUACUUUAAUACUUUUAAGGCUAAAAGAAAGGCUGGGUUAGUGCAGCUAUCUCUCAAAACCAAAAUACAGUUCAGGAAUUCCUCACUGGUACGAAGUUUGUACAUAUUAUACUGUUUCUGCUGUCUCUAUUCAUGAACCAGCUCAUGUCAUUUUCUCAUGAUAUAUAUUCAUGAUUGUUUCUGUGUGCUGUCUGUAAACUUUGGCCACCCUGUUAAUAAACAGAACUUUAGGUAUAAUUUUCAGAGAAAUGUAUAAUCUAAUCUAAAACAUUUGUAAGUAAAUAA